GGCGGGAAAUUAGGACCGGCGCCUUCUCCUUGCUCCUUGGGGUCGUGGCCUUGCUCCCGCUGCGAGAGGGAAGUGUCCCGUCCUCCACGCGCGUGUGUGUGCGCGCGGUCCCUGACGUGCUCGUGGGUCCGCAACAGGACUCUGCGGGGACAGGCAGGAACAAUGGGCGGGACUGCCAGCACCCGCCGGGUCACCUUCGAGGCAGAUGAGAAUGAGAACAUCACCGUGGUGAAGGGCAUCCGGCUUUCAGAAAAUGUGAUUGAUCGGAUGAAGGAAUCCUCUCCAUCUGGUUCGAAGUCUCAGCGGUAUUCUGGUAUUUAUGGUGCCUCAGUUUCUGAUGAAGAAUUGAAAAGAAGAGUGGCUGAAGAACUGGCAUUGGAGCAAGCCAAGAAGGAAUCUGAGAAUCAGAAACGAUUAAAGCAAGGCAAAGACCUGGACCAGGAGAGGGCUGCAGCCAAUGAGCAGUUGACUAGAGCUAUCCUUCGAGAGAGGAUAUCAAAUGAGGAGGAACGUGCAAGGGCAAAGCACCUGGCAGACCUACUUAAGUAUUGUCCAGAAGACUCAUGGAAGGCCAUUGCCCUACUUACCUUUGCCCUAAAUGAACUGGUAGCAUAUACACUGGCUAAGCAGCUGGAAGAGAAAGACCGAAUGAUAAAGAAACAGGAUGCGUUCUACAAAGAGCAGCUGGCUAGACUGGAGAAGAGGAGCUCUGAGUUCUACAAAGUUACCACUGAGCAGUAUCAGAAAGCUGCUGAAGAAGUGGAAGCAAAGUUCAAGAGAUAUGAGUAUCAUCCAGUCUGUGCAGAUCUGCAGGCCAAAAUCCUCCAGUGUUACCGUGAGAACACCCACCAGACCCUCAGCUGCUCCGCUCUGGCUAACCAGUACAUGCACUGUGUCAAUCAUGCCAAACAGAGCACACUGGAAAAGGGGGGAUAAAAUCAACUUUAGAACAUGCAAAAUUCCUCCACCUUUGAUUCCAGAAGUGGAACAUUUUUUUUCCAAGUAAGAAAAUAAUGCACUUAAAGAGAAGACCACUAAAGAGAAGCACCAGAAAAUGAACUCAGCGGAAUCCUAUCAUGUGUUGAUCAACAACAGUUUGAGAAGCCAAGGUCUAGAUCAGGAAUCAGUUAUCAAAGGACACUGUUCUGUACCAGUAAAUCCAAUUUAUGAAAAAAUAAAAGAGAAGGGCAGUGCUCUCCACCGUUUUGUAUUUUGUAUUCAACCUUUACUGACCACGAGCUAUGUCUCUGCACACCAGGCUCCAUCUCUUGGUGACUUCAGCUCUAAGAAAGCUGGGCACAGGUGGGGAGGCUGAGCCAACUGGAGUGGAGAAAGGAAGGAGCAGAAACACACAGAGCCCAGGAGAAGGUGCUGUGUGGAACUGCCUAUACUGUGGCUUGCUCAUUUCCCCUUGCUUCCUUUUCUUCUUUGACUAUCUAAGAGCUAUUUCAUUUUAACUUAUUAUGCUGGUCAUGCAAGUAAGAGAAAAAGGAGAGAGAAUGUUCCUCUUUUACUGGAAUGAUGUUUAUGAUUACAGAUGAAAUAAGGCAUUUUUAUAAAUAUAAAAACAACCUUGGCUUAUGUAGCCUCUAACAUGAAUACUGACAACUUUACUCACCAUCAAUAAUAAAUAUAUUUUCUGACAAA